UACGGUUUAUAGUGAUUAGUCUCUCGAAAGCAAGUCAUGGAUAGUUUGGGGUUCUCUCGGGCGCAGUUGCCUUUAACAGUGUUAUUGUCAUGUAUGUUUACAUUCUCCUCCGGCAGUGAAUUGAAGUUUGUAACGUGCGGGUCGGUGGUGAAGCUGCUCAAUGUAAAACACAACGUCAGGUUACACUCUCAUGACGUGCGUUAUGGAUCUGGUAGUGGUCAGCAGUCGGUGACCGGUGUGACCGUGGUGGAGGACAGUAACAGUUACUGGACUGUGCGGGGCACCAGUGAAGUUGCAUGUCAUCGAGGGACUCCGGUACAGUGUGGACAGAACAUCCGACUGACUCAUGUGAACACGGGCCGCAAUCUACACAGCCACUACUUUACUUCUCCUCUUUCUUCAAAUCAGGAGGUCAGUGCCUUUGGUGAGAAUGGGGAGGGUGACCAUCUGGACGAGUGGACCGUUCUGUGUGCAGGCUCUGUUUGGCAGCGGGACGAGUCAGUUCGGUUCCGGCACACGGCCACCGAGGCUCUGCUGUCUGUGACGGGAGAACAGUACGGCAGACCCAUCCACGGCCAGAGAGAAGUGCACGGCAUGAUGGUCAGCAGCUCACACAGCUACUGGAAAACAAUGGAGGGCGUCUUCAUGAAACCCAGUGAGAUCGGAUCCAGGGAUUUCAUUAGUGCAAUGCACACUGAGUUUUAGAGAAACGCUUCAUACCAGCUGACUCUUCUGGACUCUUUACAGUUCUGUUGUUAGGAAAAAGAGUUUUAGAAUCAAAUUGUGCCUCAUGCUUAUUUUUUUUAUUCUUUUAAGCACGUGAUUUUAUAUUGCACAGGAUACAUUACUGUUCAAAAGUUUGGAUUAUUAAGGUUUUGACAACCAGCAUUCAACUGUUUUUAACAUUGAUGAUAAGAAAUGUUUAUUAAACACUAUAUAAGCAUAUUAUAAGCAGAUUUUUGAAAGAUGCAUGUUACUGAAAAUUCAGCUUUGCCAUCACAGGAUUAAAUUAUUUUAAAAUAUAAAUAUAAAAUAUAUAUUUCACAAUAUUAACGCAUUUACUGCAAUUGGAUAAAUGAAUGCAGCAUUGGUGAGCAUGAGAGCAUUCUUUCAAAACUUUAAAGAACUCUUACUGACUAUAACUUUUGCACAGUAGUGUAAUAAGACAAAGAGAAAUGUAAAUGUUAUAAUCGAAAGAGAAUUCUUUGUUUAAACAAACAUUUAGAUUUUGGGAAUGCAGAAAGAAGCCAUUUAAGCUUUUCAAGCUUUUUGUUUUUAUUAAUUCCAGUCUUACAGAUUUCAUAAUUAUAAGGCAAAAGCUCAACCAGAGUUUAACUAAGUUUUAACUUGAAACACAAUGUCCUCACCUUUGGAGAAUAUUUAAUGGCCAUUAAAAAAGAAAAAUGGCCAUCUGUUUGCAUCUUACAAGUAAUAUAUUAAAAAAUAAUUAUUAAAUAAUAAAUUGGCCCACAACUGUCAAAACAAUGUAAACCUGGGAUAUGAUUUAAAACCACAAAUAUGAAUGAACUGCAUUACCGAACCAGCUGGACUUCACUUGAACUGCUUGAUGCUGACCUCAGAGUGGAAACACUACAGCAUCAAUGCUACUUUAUGUUGCAGCAGUAUUAACAUUAGUCUCAUUGAGAGAUUUAAAGUUGUGUGGUGCUAUGUAAUGAGUUUUUUUCUGUUUCUCUAAAGGAAGCUUUGAGUUACUUAAAAGUAAAGCUUCUAUACAGCCAUUAUCACACACUUGCACAUCUGAAUAUUUCUCUAGUAACACUAUGGCAGUCAUUUUCCCUAAGAAAAAUCAUAAUUUUUUGUCUCUAAAUGUAUUAUUGUAAUUACAUUAAGUGCCUUUUAAAUAUUUAUACAUGUAUUAUGAUUACAUAUACUGUGGAUGCUGUAAAAUUCAAAAUGACCUGUAAAUGUUUUAUUUUAUUUUAUUUUAUGUUUACACGGUUGGGUUCACAGCUGUCUACCAUUUGACUUGGUAAUACAGUACACACACAUUACCAACUGAGAAGCAUUAGUACAGAUUUUGAAGCAUUAAAGAGCCUUUAGAGUUCAUUACCUUGGACAGUUUGUGUAAACGAUUUGUAGUUGCUUAAAAUUAAAGAGAUCAAGACUUGUUUA